AUGCCAUUAGCUGAAGAGUUGGAACGAUUAUCAGGAGAGAAAUCAGUGAAGAAAGAAAUAAAUGGAUGGUGCUCAACAAAUUCCCGAUGUCACACUCGUCAAACACGUUUGGUAUCCAAAGAUGGUAAACCGCUAUAUGAUAAUAUUCAAAUUCCUUCUCGAAUACGAAGAGCUGCUAAAUCUUGCAGAAAUUGGUUUCAUCUAACCAUUGAAUACAAAUGGCGUACCAUACUGACGGUCUUUGCCGGAGGCUUUUUUCUUUCUUGGAUUUUGUUUGCUCUCAUUUACUAUGCCAUCACACAUUAUCAUCGAUUAUAUGAUACGACCGAUCACUAUCGGCCAUGUAUCGUCAAUGUGGAUAAUAUGGCAACAGCUCUGCUCUUCAGUUUGGAAUCACAAGCAACUAUAGGCUAUGGCCAUCGUUAUAUGACAGAUUUAUGUCCGAUGGCAUACACAACUUUAUGUAUUCAAGUGAUUGCUGGCAAUUUCUUACAAACUCUACUUGGAGGUUUAGUCAUAGCAAAGAUACUGAGACCUACUAAACGUCGACAGGAGAUGAGGUUCUCUCGUAUGGCUGUUAUAGGACAUCUGAGCGAAAACGAUAGAAGGCCAGCUUUACAAGUUCGUCUGGCAGACAUUCAAGAAAAACUUUUCUUAGCUGAAUCACAUGUUCGAAUGUUUAUAGUGAAUAGUCGGAUAAAUAAGAGAGGAGAUCGCGAACUGGUUGGUAUGAGAGACAUUAAUGUUGGCUAUGAUUCUGGAUGGGAUCGAGUUCUUCUUUUAUGGCCGAUUGUCGUACGACAUGUGAUUGAUGAGAACAGUCCUUUAUAUGGAAUGACAAGAGAAUCAUUACAAGAAGCAGAUUUUGAGAUUAUAAUGACUGUCGAAGGGAUUGUGGAAGCGACGGGUAUGACAUUUCAAGCCCGAACGUCGUUCCUUCCAUCAGAAAUUCUCUGGGGUCAUCGAUUUAAAACGAUGGUGACAUUGAAUGAAAAAUUGGGAAAAUAUGAAGUGAAUUAUAAUCUGUUUGAUCAGACUGAUAGAAUACCUGAUUUUGAGAUGAUUGAUAUUGAAGAAGGGGAUGAGAAUGACAACUUCACUGGUCCAGCUUCUGGGUUCUUAUAG